AUGGCGGCUAUACCGAUCAUUGUUAAGCAUGCCGGCAAGCGCCACGAAGUCGAGCUCGAUCCGACGUCCAACGGCGAAACCCUCAAGUACCAGCUAUUCUCCCUGACCGGUGUUGAACCCGACCGUCAAAAGGUCUUGAUCAAGGGUGGCCAGCUCAAGGAUGAUACUCCACUUUCCUCUCUCAACGCCAAACCCGGGCAGAUGUUCAUGAUGAUGGGCACACCAUCCGGAGGCCAGGGUUCCGCUGACCUCGGUCGGCCGAAGGAGACUGUCAAGUUCUUGGAGGAUAUGACCGAGGCGGACCUGGCCCAGCAGGAGGGUGCUACACCGGCUGGUUUGCAGAAUCUGGGCAACACAUGCUACCUCAAUUCCUCUCUACAAGCUUUGCGGAGUGUCCCGGAGCUCCAAGAAGAGCUUCUUCGAUAUCGUCCAACUGCAGGAGCUGGCGGCUCAGGUCUGUCCGAUCUCAGUAGCUUUGGUCUUGGUGGUCUGGGAGGUUCGCGCGAUUUGGCCGCUGCUCUACGAGAUCUGUUCAAGCAAAUGUCCGAGACCCAGGAAGGCAUUCCUCCAUUGAUGUUCCUAAACGCCCUCCGGGCCGUUUUCCCUCAAUUCGCUCAACGUGACCGAAACGGACAAGGAUACGCCCAGCAGGAUGCCGAGGAAGCUUUCUCUCAAAUUAUCAACCAGCUGAGAGCCAAGCUGACCAUUACGGAAGGUGAGGGAGAGUCUGCCACGAAAACCUCGUUUGUGGACAAAUACCUUGCAGGGCAAUUCGAGUCCGUCACCGAAUGCGAGGACCCGGCCGCCAAAGAACUCGGCGAGGAACCAAGCCAAAGUUCCGACGUGUUUUACAAGCUUGAUUGUCAUAUUGGAAAGGAAACCAACCAUUUGCAAGAUGGAAUUCUGUCUGGUUUGGAAGAGCACAUUGAAAAGAACUCUCCUCUUUUGGGUACCAACUCUCUAUACAAAAAGCGAUCCCGUAUUGCCCGGCUACCCAAGUACCUUACGGUGCACUUUGUCCGCUUCUACUGGAAGCGUGAGACUCAGAAGAAGGCGAAGAUUAUGCGCAAGGUGACAUUCCCAGCCGAGUUGGAUGUGGUGGAGUUCUGCACCGACGAUCUUCGCAAGCAGCUCAUCCCAAUUCGGGAUAAGGUUCGCGAGAUCCGCAAGGAGGAAGUGGAUGUUGAGCGUGCCCAGAAGCGCCAAAGGAUUGCCGUGGAGCGUGAAGAGCGCCAGAAGAAGGAAACCGACCUGGGAGAGAGUGUGGAGCCCAUGCAAAAGAAGAAGGCAGCCGAGGAGAGCAAGGCUAAGUCCAAAGACAAGGACGGCGAUAGCCAGAUGGAGGAGACUUUCAAGACGGAUGCCGAAUACGAAGCCGAGAAGGCGGAGUCUAUCCGCGUCGCCAAGAAAGAACUCCAAGAGCUGGUGAAGCAACAGAGUUCUGGAGACAGCGGAACCAACCAGUCUGGCUUGUACGAGCUUCGUGCUGUGAUUACCCACCAGGGUGCUAGCGCCGACAGCGGCCACUACACGGCAUAUGUCAAAAAGCAGAACAAAGACAAUACUCAGACCGGCAGCAAGCGCCGCGAAGAGGAUGACAAGUGGUGGUGGUUCAACGACGAUACUGUGACCGAGGUCGAGGCACAGAAGAUCGAGACUCUUUCCGGUGGUGGUGAAUCCCACUCUGCUCUCAUUUGUCUUUACCGUGCUAUUGAUCUGCCUACGGAAACGAUGAACAUGAGUGAUGCUCGUCUCCACGCCAUUAUUACCACCGAUGACGAUCCGGCUCACGUGACCUUAGCCUCGGCUCUCAAAGAUCCGUUGAAUGCAUUCUCAUCUCUGAGCAAUGUGAUCACAAUGAUCCAUUCUCGCAUCCUUCCGGCUCUGCGCCAAUCUACGACACGAACACGAACCUCUUGGCGAGUAUCGGUCCGAAAGUCCAGCACCGCACCCAAUGCCUCUACCCGACCAUCGCGGUGGCCGCGCCGUCUAAUCUAUGCGGGAAUAUUUGGAGCGCUUGGCGUGGGUGCAGGGAAAUGGAUGGACGACAAAGUCUCAGCGCCACCAGCUCCAGGGUCUGUAGAGGACCGAAUGGAGCUUCAGGAAAUACAACGCGUGUUCGACAUUGGUCUGCCCAUCGUGCAGGAGCUGCGCCGCAACUCAGAUUAUGUGGAGAAGGACGUCUACGAGAACUUCUCGGAGGACCAUAAGGAACAGCGGCUGACUUCUGGCCCCUUGGCUGGUAGCAGAGGUCUAGGAUUACAGAAAGUAUUUUGGAACGACAAAGAGAAGAAAAUCGUUAGCGUGGUCUUCCUUGGGCCAGGCCUGGAAGGCUGGCCAACGAUGGUUCAUGGCGGCGCGCUGGGCACGGUCAUCGAUGAGAACUUGGGACGAGUAGCUAUUCGGCAUUUCCCUGCGCGAACUGGUCUUACAGCCAACCUCAACCUCAACUACCGUGCCCCAGUCUACUCGGAUAAUUUCUAUACCUUGCAUACAACCCUAGACCAGGAACGAAGCACGGACAGUAAGGGCUAUGCCAAGUGUGAAGUCCGCGAUAUGGCAGGCCGACUCUGUGUCGAGGCAACGGGUCUUUUUGUUGUCCCCAAGAAACUGCAGCUCGCUAAAGUCGGGGACCACUUUUGA